GCUGAGGUUAGAUUCGGGUUAAACGGCAUACGGCUAUCAAUCCGACUCUCCACCCUCCUACUCUCCACUCUCCACACCAUCAUCCAUCUUCCUUCUCUCUCCUCAAUCCCUCAACCUCCUCAUCCACAAUAACCCUCCUCGACAACACAUCCAUUGUCCCAACAUCUUCAACUAGAGACGAAGCAAUCCGUGCAUCUCGUUACUCUUGACCCACAACACAUCACCUUACCUGCACCUACCCACCUACCCGUCCAGCGCGAGCGCGUCCCUCGAUCCUAGACACUAGUCCCCGCCCCCCGCCUACCAACCUUCCUUUCGCCAUGGCGUCUUCACAAUAUGGCGACUAUCGGGUCGGCCUCGCGCCACCCCCCAAAGACCUGAGACCUCAGACUGAUGACGUUCGUGCUACCGAGGGGGCAUCCUUUGACGACUUUCCGCUCUCGCGCGAGGUGCUCAUGGGCAUCUACGAGGCAGGCUUCGAGCAACCUAGCCCCAUCCAGGAAGAGGCGAUCCCUAUAGCUUGCACUGGACGCGACAUCCUUGCGCGGGCCAAGAACGGCACGGGCAAGACUGGUUCAUUCGUGAUCCCCACCAUCAACCGCAUCAACACUUCCCUCUCCCAUAUCCAAGCCGUCAUCCUGGUGCCAACGCGAGAGCUCGCGCUCCAGACGUCGCAGGUAUGCAAGACGCUUGGCAAGCAUGUUCCAGGCCUCCAGGUCAUGGUGACCACCGGUGGCACAACAUUGCGAGACGACAUCAUGCGACUCCAAGAGCCCGUCCACAUCCUCGUUGGUACACCCGGCCGUAUUCUCGAUCUGGGCGGCAAGCGCAUCGCCGACCUCUCCAAGGUCGCCAUUUUUGUCAUGGACGAGGCAGACAAGCUCCUUAGCGAGGAGUUCACUCCGGUCGUCGAACAACUGCUGGGUCUUUGUCCUCAGGAGCGUCAGGUGAUGCUCUUCUCUGCUACCUUCCCCGUCCACGUCAAAGACUUCCGCAACCGCAACAUGGUCCAGCCCUAUGAGAUCAACCUCAUGGAAGAACUCACUCUUAAGGGUGUCACCCAGUAUUAUGCCUACGUUGAGGAGCGCCAGAAGGUGCACUGCCUCAACACGCUCUUCUCGAAGCUUCAGAUCAACCAGUCCAUUAUCUUCUGUAACUCCACUUCGCGCGUCGAAUUGCUGGCCAAGAAGAUCACCGAGCUAGGCUACUCUUGCUUCUACUCCCACGCCAAGAUGAUGCAGUCCCACCGCAACCGUGUAUUCCAUGAUUUCCGCCAAGGCAUGACCCGCAACCUUGUAUGCUCUGAUCUUCUCACUCGUGGAAUCGAUAUUCAGGCCGUCAAUGUUGUCAUCAACUUCGAUUUUCCCCGCACUGCUGAGUCUUAUCUCCAUCGAAUUGGACGUUCUGGUCGUUUCGGCCACCUUGGUCUUGCCAUUUCUCUCCUUACUUACGAGGACCGCGCCAACCUGUAUCGCAUCGAGAACGAGUUGGGCACCGAAAUCCAGCCCAUUCCCGGCAACAUUGAUCCUGUCCUUUACGUCGCGCCUGCCGGGCUUGACGAACCGCCUUCCCCGCCAUCGCAGUCUCCCCCUACUCCUCGGCCAGUUGCAAAGCCCCCUCCCCAGCAGCCGUCGCAGCCUCCGGCUACCCUCACACCCCGCCAGGCUCACCUCCCUCCGAUCGCCCAGCCUGCUGCCCAUCCUCCACCGAACAUCGCACAGCAGUUUGGGCACCAGCACUACCCCAACAAUGCCCAGCAGCAACACAUGACGCAGCAGCAGCAGCAGUACCAGCAACAUACACUGCAGCCACAGCAGCAGCAGCAGGCACAGCAGGCGAUGCCGCACCCGCAGCAAGCCACCUACGCCCAGCCUCCGCCUCCGUCUCAGCAGCAGCAGGUCCCGACUCAGCAGCCCCUUCAGCAGCAGCAGGCACGUGACAAUGCGCGCCCCGCAAACCCGAACCGUGGUCGAGGCCAGGGGCAGCCUCGUGCACAGGGCGGGCGCGGUAUUCGUGGUGGUAACCAGCAGCAACCUCAACAGCAGCAGGCUGGUGGGCGUGGCGGGCGCCAAGGCCAGCAGACACAGCCGCCGACUACUGCCGCUCGUGCUUCCUAACGGCGCUGGCGAAAGAUACGCCGGAGGUCCGUAAAGGGAGGCGGAGGCGGAGAAUGGAGGGCGGAGAGCAGUGGAGCGUCUCGUGGAUGGUGGGACGGCGAUAGAAGCUGAAUCAGAAGUCGCGUCCAGCAUGGGCGCAAGCGGUGUUAGUUCAACACUCUCAUUGCCAACACGUUGCGCGGAGAGCAGUGCGAGAGGGAUUCAACUCACUCUCGCGAAAGGUGAAGCAUCAGAGAUGAGGUGGGAAGGGAGGAAGGGGGGCGAUUUUCUGCGUUGAAGCUGUGGUGUGGCUCCGAAGCCAUCAGAGUUAUGCAUCUAGAUGACACGCGGCAAU